AUGACUUUGCAAAACCUACCCCUCGAAAUCCUAUGUAUGAUUAUUCGUUUCAUAGGCAAAGAUCAGCUUCGCAAACAGGGAGCCUCCUGCUUGACUGUCUGCAAGUUGUGGUAUCAGAUUGCAAAGCCCAUCCUGCUAGAAGACCUCAGAUUCAGUGUGCUGCGAUUUGUACUAGCACCCAACCAUGUGUACCCGAACCUGAGGACCUUUCUGCGACGGCUCACAAUUGAUGUGUAUGGUCCCGAGGACUGGUCCACCAAGGAGGAGGAUAUCGUGAAAUUAAAUGAAAUACUCAUUUCAUUAUUUGAACGGAACGACCAUUUGGCAUCUUUUACUUUGCGUGUCUGCAAGCAAUUUGAAAUAUCCCUGGUUCCUCGCCAGCAUCCUCUUUCAACAUGGAACCCAAUUCGGUUUUUAAACGCCCUGGGUACCUCCAAGCUCUCACAUCUUGUGGUUGAUACAUACGGAUCUCAACUGAGCAGGGCCAUCCAUAUCUGUCCUCAGCUAGCGCUCCGGAUUCCUUCAUUAAGAUCGCUACGGAUACGCAUGUAUAGGAUCUGCCCAAAGAUUCUUGAACUUCCGCAGGGCGAUAGCCCAUCACAAAUUGAGAGUAUUAUCAUCAAUCUCAGCCACCAACAUGUUUAUCGAGUCUCCGCGAUGUAUAGCUCUCACUGUACUGAACGAAGAGGAGGGCUCGGCCUAUACAAUGACAUGAUUAUUAAAGGUACUGAGAUUGCAAAACAAACCCCAAGCCUUAAAGUGCUCGAAGUUAUGUGUCACAUGUACCCGUGUUGGGAUAUGACGACUAUGAAUUGUAUUACUGGGAUUGAGACAAUUAUUGCUGGCGCCCGUGACUGGGGCAACGAAGGGGAAAAGCUUCACCCGCCCAUUCUCCAUGACUACUGA